CACACAUGAAAAUUCACUUAAGGGGGAGAAAAAAAACCCUCCCAGGUGCAGUCGUGUUUCUGAAGGCAAGGAGGUGAAACCAUUCCACAGGCCAGUUUCCACUUGGAAAGUCGGGGUUUCCGCCCAUUCUUAUAUUUGUGCAAAUGCUUUUGCACAGUUGCUGCCUUUAAGGAGAUCUGGAAAGAGUGAGUGGGUACAACAUGGCAUCCCAGCAUUUCUAUUUGAGGGUAAUGGGGUUGGCUGUACUGCUGACAUUAUUAGCUCUUAGAGUAUCCAGCGACGGCCACUUACACAAGAUCUUGAAGCGAGAUGUGGCAGGAACUGGUACUGCAGCAUCACGGUCCUCAGUUGCAGUUCCUUCUUCCAAAGCCAAAGAGUUCCUGGCAAAACUGAGCAGAACCAAGAGGAACCUUUGGGAUCGCAGCAGACCGGACGUACAGCAGUGGAUCAUGCAGUUUAUGUACAUGGGAUAUGAUGAGCAGAGGCUGGAGGCCGACAUGGCGUACUGGAGGGACCACGCGCGUGCCAACGACCCCGGCCGUCAGCACCACUACGAUGAAAACGCUCCCAUUGCCCCGCGAGAUCCUUCUUCUUACAGACACGGCGCUAAUGUUAACUACGACUACUAUUAACCACAGACACACACACAUCUGGGUGCAUAUCAGUCCCAUCAGAGUGAGGUACAUUAAGCAGCAUUCAUUCCCAGGAGACAUACCCUUACUCCAACUUUAAAUUAGGUGUACUAAAAGGAAUCAUUUGCAUUAUGAGCAGAUUCAUGCACUCACUGCAUUGAGAAUACAAGCACCAAAGGUUUUGGAUCUUUCAGUUAGUCGCCUUCUAUCUCUUUAGUCUCACACCUGUUCAAGUACUUCACAGGUAUUCUGUCUUGUGUAGUGUAGCCCCUUGAAAAUCGUCCUUUGAUCCCCUUCUUUAUAUAUUUCUCAUGAUAAUUUUCUCUCUUUCUACGUACUAAUUCUAAAAUAAUUUUUAUUCAUAGACAUCCACCUGCCUGACAACUACAGCUGGUUUCCUCUCUGCCUUUACCUGUAAAUAAAGACGUAGCUCUGUA